AUGGCGGACGAAGGUGCGGCGCCUGUCGAGAACAAGAACAAGCGGUUCCGCAAGGACAAGCCCUGGGACACGGAUGAUAUUGAUCACUGGAAGAUUGACAAAUUUACAGCGGAGGACAACCCCAACCCCUUUUUGGAAGAGAGCAGUUUUGCGACGCUUUUCCCCAAGUACCGCGAAAAGUAUCUGCGCGAGAUCUGGGGCCAUGUAACGACUGCGCUCGACAAGCAUGGCGUGGCAUGCACUUUGGAUCUUGUCGAGGGCUCGAUGUCGGUGCGCACGACGCGCAAGACCUUUGACCCGUACAUUAUCCUCCGUGCGCGCGACCUGAUCAAGCUGCUGAGCCGCAGUGUGCCUUUUACGCAGGCCGUCAAGGUGCUCCAAGAUGACAUGGCAUGUGAUGUCAUCAAGAUUGGCGGUAUUGUGCGCAACAAAGAGCGCUUUGUGAAGCGCCGCCAGCGUAUUAUUGGUCCUAAUGGCAGCACGCUCAAGGCGAUCGAGCUGCUGACCAACUGCUACGUGCUGGUGCAAGGCAACACGGUCAGUGCCAUGGGCCAGUACAAGAGCCUGAAGGAGGUGCGGCGCAUUGUGCUCGACUGCAUGAAGAAUAUCCACCCUAUUUACCAUAUCAAAGAACUCAUGAUCAAGCGCGAGCUGGCCAAGGACCCGAAGCUCGCAAACGAGUCGUGGGACCGUUUCCUGCCCAAGUUCAAGAAGACCAGCGUGAAGUCGAAGAAGCCGGCGCCGGCGCCGACGAAGAAGGUGUACACGCCCUUCCCUCCUCCUCAGCAGCCGAGCAAGAUCGACUUGCAGCUCGAGAGCGGCGAGUACUUCCUCAAGCCGAGCGAGAAGAAGCGCAACGAGCAUGCCAAGAAGAUGGAGUCGCAGGCGAAACAUGCCAAGGAGCGCGAGCAGAAGCGCGAGUUGGCCUUUAUCCCCCCCGAGGAGCCCUUGCCGGGCGACAGCAAGAAGCGCAGCGCCGACGACGCCGACGACGCGCCCAAGCCCAAGAAGGAGAAGAAGGAGAAGAAGGAGAAGAAAGAGAAGAAGGAGAAGAAGGAAAAGAAGGAGAAAUCGAAGAAAUAG